AAUGAACAUAGUUUGAUUGUAUCUUUUUCUGAUACAGGGUUUGAUGACCUACAUGCUUGUGCUGAUCCUGGAGCUCCUGAACAUGGAUACAAGACACCCAGUGCAGGUGUCUUCUUUGAAAGUGUGGUAGUCCGGUUUCAUUGCCAAGAAGGAUACAGGCUUAAUGGUACUUCAAAAAAACUUUGUGUGAGACACUUUAAUGGCUCCCUGAGCUGGAAACCAAGUGAUAAACCUGUGUGCCUACAAGAAGUCACAGAUUGCCUUGUUCCACAUGUUGAAGAUGCAGAGAUUCAUAACAAGACUUACAGGACUGGAGAUAAGUUAAUAAUCAGCUGUCAUGAAGGAUUCCAGAUCCGUUACCCUGACUUAGACAACAUGGUUUCAAUUUGUCAAGACGAUGGAACUUGGGAUAAUCUGCCCAUUUGCCAAGGUUGCCUGAGGCCAUUGGUUCUUCCUCAUAGUUACAUUAACAUAUCUGAGUUCGAGUCCUCCUUCCCAGUAGGAACAGUGGUGUAUUAUCAAUGCUUUCCUGGAUAUAAACUAGAAGGGGCAGAGUUCCUUGAGUGCAUGUAUAACCUUAUCUGGUCAGAUAGCCCACCUAGGUGCCUUGAUGUGGAAGUUUGUCCACUACCUCCAAUGGUGAGCCAUGGAGACUACAUCUGCCACCCGCGGCCUUGCGAGCGCUACAACCAUGGGACAGUGGUGGAGUUUUACUGUGAUCCUGGUUACACCCUCACCAAUGACUACAAAUACAUCACCUGCCAGUACGGAGAGUGGUUCCCCUCCUACCAAGUCUACUGUGUCAAAACAGAACAAACUUGGCCAAAUACACAGGAGACCCUCCUGACUACAUGGAAAAUAGUGGCAUUUACUGCUACCAGUGUUUUAUUAGUACUUCUACUGGUCAUUUUAGCCAGGAUGUUCCAGACCAAAUUUAAGACACAUUUCCUUCCAAGAGGCAACCUGGAGGGCUCCAUGGGUGACCCUGACUUUGUGGUGGUGGAUGGCGUCCCUGUCAUGCUGCCUUCCUAUGAUGAAGCUGUAAGCAGCAGUUUGAAUCCUCUAGCACCUGGAUACUCAGCUACAACAGACCAGGGGCGUAUUUUGCAGACAGAAGAUCAGAGUCCUCCUGCUUAUCCUGGCCCCAGGAUUACAGACACGCUGCCUAGUGAAUUUGAGACCUGUGAUAGUCAAUCAGGCUCCUCUGAGCUGCUCCAAAGUUUGUACUCAUCCUCAGUGUGCCAAGCAGCAGCAUUUUCUGGGUCAGAUCGAACUGAUGCGUCCCGUAGCAGUGCUGGAGAGGCUGUGUCCACGAGUCCGCGGAUUGAUAUUACAGAUGAGAUUCCUUUGAUGGAAGAAGACCCUUAGCCUGCAUGGAGAUGUGUCAUCAUUGCGUUACACUGUUUGGUGACAUGAAUACAGAACACUUAGAGAUAGAAAAGACUAUCUGUGGAUUUGGAGAGGGUAUUUUUGUACUUACCAAUCUUCCACACGAUGAUGUCACCAGGUUGUGUGUACAUCUUAAUCCACAGUGGGGAUAACAGCAUCAACAUUUGGAAAAGCAGUUUUAUGAAUGAAUCCUGGGGAUUUGAUGAGAGCAGAUGUAGAAAAAGAACUGUGGCUUUUUAGAAAUGAAAUGUAUAUCUGCAUCGCAGAAAGUCAUAUGGUUCUGUAGAAGUACUAUUGGAUUUUGAUACUAACUGCCUCACAAAAGCAUGUCAAAGUAUGUAAAUUUGCUUAUAAAGACUGCUUUAAAUGAUCUAAGGGCCUCUAGUUUAUGAAGAAAGCUUUCAAGUUUAAAAGAAAUACUAUUGCUGAAACACACACACACACAAAAGAGGAAUGAUCCUCUGACUUUCGUAUGCUAACCAGUAAGCUUUUGAUUUACUUGUUGAUUUUGUUUCAGACCAUGUCUGCAGAAAAUACAACAGAAAUGAUGAGAUUCGUAUAUAAUUUGAUGUAUGAUAGCAAAUAUAUAUAAAUAUAUAUAUAUAUUUAAAAACUCUUAAAGAGAAAGAAAAGGAGAGACUCCAGGUCACAGAAUGAUCUGGAGAUUUUUUUUAAAGGUAAGGCAGAUUUAUAUGAUAUACAAUAUUCAAGGUAAAGUAUCAAUAUUUGUAUUUAUGCAAGACUUCUGUGACAACAUUGCAUUUGAUAAAUCCUGCUACAAUAUGAAAGACCUAGAAAGUGUAACAAUUAUGAAAUAUUUGCUUAAGAAAUGUUGAACUGCCAUGCUUCAACCUUUCUUAAGCUCUGACAAAUAUAUACACUAGAGUAAUCUACAGUCAUAGCCCAGAGCACUGCCUUGUCCCUCUACACUGUGGUAGUAUUCUGAGCCAUUAUUGUAGAAUACUUUAAAAGAAAAUAAAGUUCAGUUUCAGUUCUUUUGACUUAUCAAA